CAAAAGCUUUGUGAGUUUCACUGAAGAAGUAAGAGAGAGAGAGAUAGAGAGAGCGAGAGGGAGGGAAGGACCAAGGCGGACUCUCAGAAUAAGAGAGAGAGUGAGACAGGGAAUGAAAGGAGGGAGUGAGAGAGAGAGAGGCAGCAGCAGUUGAUCCGUGCUCUCCACAGCGUGUCAUGGAUUUGUGCGGCAGUAGAGCUGUAGCGUGUGGAUUGGUCUGGGAUUCUGCACUGGGUCCAGUGGAAUAGUAAUAGGAAUCCUGAGCCUGCUCCAAAGGAAUAAUCUGGAAUCCUGCUCCUGAUCCGGAGCAGUCAGCGUGAUCUCAUGAUGCCCUCCGUGUCCCUCAGCUUGCCGGCAGCGCUGGCUGGCCGAGCACGCACCUGGGUCUGCCUGUCCUGCAUGUUCUGGCCUGAUGAGUUUGAGGCUGUCCACUCCCACACGUUCCGGGUGAAGACAUUUAAGAAGAGCAAGCAUUGUGGCGUAUGCAAGCAGACAGUCAGCAAAGAAGGGCUCAUCUGCAGAGUUUGCCGGUUAACAUGCCACAAGAAAUGUGAGGUCAAGGUCUCUUCAUCCUGUGUUCCUGCUGCUAACUACGAACUGGCUCCCAGCAAUGACAUCCCACUGAAACAUGUAGAGACGACAGGCUCAACAAAAUCUUCCAAGAGCAUGGAGUCACGCCGGAGACCAUCCAGGAGCAUCAGCCUGAUUCAGUCUAUGGAGGAGAACUAUGAGGUGGACCUGGUCUACAUCACAGAGAGGAUCAUCUCUGUGUCUUUCCCCAGCAGUGUGGAGGAGCAAAGUUACAGCUCUAACCUCAAAGAGGUGGCCAGCAUGCUCCGCUCCAAGCAUGGAGACAACUACCUGCUCUUCAAUCUGAGUGAAAAACGAUAUGACAUCUCCAGGCUGAAUCCCAAAGUGCUUGACUUCGGCUGGCCAGACCAUCAUGCUCCAGCAUUGGAUAAGAUAUGCAGCAUAUGUAAAGCUAUGGACACCUGGAUGAGUGCUGACAGCCAUAAUGUUGUGGUCCUGCACAACAAGGGAAAUCGGGGAAGAACAGGGGUUGUUGUUGCUGCAUACAUGCAUUACAGCAACAUUUCAGCAAGUGCGGACCAGGCUCUGGACAGGUUUGCCAUGAAGAGGUUUUAUGAAGAUAAAGUGCUUCCUGUGGGCCAACCGUCCCAGAAAAGGUAUGUGCAGUAUUUCAGUGGGCUGCUUUCGGGCCACAUUAAGAUUAACAACAAGCCUCUCUUCCUGCAUCAUGUCAUCAUGCACGGCAUCCCCAACUUUGAGUCCAAAGGAGGUUGCCGCCCUUUCCUCAAGAUCUACCAGGCCAUGCAGCCAGUCUACACAUCUGGGAUCUAUAAUGUCCAAGGCGACAGUCAGACCACCAUUUGCAUCACCAUUGAGCCUGGCCUGCUUCUGAAAGGAGACAUUCUGCUGAAGUGUUAUCACAAGCGCUUCCGCAGCCCUUCCAGAGACGUCAUCUUCAGGGUGCAGUUUCACACCUGUGCUGUUCAUGACCUAAGCCUCAUCUUUGGCAAGGAUGAGUUGGACGAGACAUUUAAAGAUGACCGAUUUCCUGAAUAUGGGAAAGUGGAGUUUGUCUUCUCAUUUGGCCCAGAGAAAAUCCAUGGAAUGGGCCAUCUAGAGAAUGGGCCCUGUGUCUCUGUGGACUACAAUACCCAAGAUCCUCUAAUCCGCUGGGAUUCUUAUGAAAACUUCAACCAGCGCUGUGAAGACUCCAUGGAGGACGUCAUUCAUACACAGGGUCCUCUGGACGGCAGCCUGUACGCAAAAGUCCGAAAGAAGGAAUCUCUGGACGCUACAGCCAACGGCCUCCCAGCUGCGGUUGAGCACGCCCUGCCCCCUGUUGACCACGCCCUGUCUGUGAGCAGUGACUCAGGCAAUUCAACUGCCUCCAUCAAAACUGACCGCACGGAUGAAGCCAACCAGCAGCCAGCACCAGUAAGCCAGCCAUCGGCCCCCCAGCCCCUUAGCCCUGAGGAGAAGCAGGAGCUAGAGCAGCUGCUUAGUGGCUUGGAGGCUCCCAUGCACCGGCCGGGAUAUGCAAGUGGUCCUGGGGGAGGCGGAGGAGGGGGAGGAGGCGGAGUUCUUCACCUGGUGCCAGCUCAGGUCCAUGUGAAUGGACAUAGCAACAUAGAUAGGGAGACUGACAUCCUGGAUGAUGAGCUGCCCAACAGCCAAGAGGGCAAUAGUGUGGACAGUUUGGGGACGCUGUCCUCUUCGUUUGAAGGCCGGGCCACACCUGCUGAUCUCUACUACCAAUCUGAGACUGUCAUAAAUGGUCAGGAUGCACCCUAUCUGGAGAAGGGCAUGCAAGAGAAAACCCCAGAACCUGAGACAUUCCUCCCUGGCUCCACCUCCAGUCACGAUCAAGUGGGUGACUCUGGACCCCUGUCCAGCAGCUAUGCUAGCCAGAAUGGUAGCAUUUACCGCUCGCAAUCAUUCGGUGCCACACCCAGCAAAGACUUUGAGCAGAAGUCUAUGCCCAAAGCCCCUACACGCACCACCAGCAGCAGAGAUGCUGUCCAGAGGGGGCUCAAUGUGUGGCAGCAGUAUGGCGUCCCAGAGGAGCCAGUGACAGACGGAAUUCAUUUCGGCCCAGCACUGCAGACCCACAGCCUGCCCGAGUUUCCCCAAGCCGCUUCACAGCGAGAAAUCGAGCAGUCCAUUGAGACUCUGAACCUGCUAAUGAUGGACCUGGAUCCGGCACUUAGUAAUAAUACCCAGUUGCCCAAGUCUUACAGUGCUCCAUCCGGUGAUGGGGUUGUGGUCACUACCCAGCCAUCCUUCGCUCAGACACAGGCUCGGCCCUCCUAUCAGGCUGAUGUGGCCAUACAUGCUCAUUCGGGAACCUUUCCAGCAGGAUUCAACCAGUUGCAGCAAAGGAACGGUCCAUUUCAGCAAACUCCAUCUCCGGUGCAGCCCCAACUCACAGAAGCACCACAGCAGGUGGUUAGCCUUCAGAGAUCUGAUACAUACCCCCUUUCAGCCGUUGAACAGGAUGGUCCUAUUCCACUCCAACCUUCUGGGCCAUCCCCUAUGGUUGGCAGUCUGCAGCUGAAGCCUCUCAAUACAUAUCCUGCUAGCACAGUCUCUCAGUCCCCUGAUCCACUGGAGUCAGACUCACAUACUGUCCCGCACCGAAACUAUUCCUCUUCAUCCUCCCCACUGCCCAGAGACACCGAACCUGAGGACACCAACUACAACCUGGAGGGGCUGGUAGCCCACCGUGUGGCAGGUGUCCAAUCUCGAGAGAUGUCCCCGGAUGAAGACUCAGCGCCAGGACGACGCCGGACUACAAGCGAAGGACAGUCCCACGAGAAAGAAGAGAGCCCCACCCAUGUCCGUUCUCCAAUUCGCUGUAUUUCACCAGAACUGGCCAAUACAAUCGCUCUGAACCCAGGGGGCCGGCCUAAGGAGGGACACAUGCACAGUUACAGGGAGGCCUUUGAGGAGAUGGAGGGAGGUCCCGUAAGCCCCCCACCAGUUAUGGGCGGUGAGGUCUUCCCCCAAACCCCUGCCUUCCCUGUCUCGCCACAAACCCCUUACUUCAACCUGUGCCGCUCUCCUCCAGGUUUGGCUAAAACACCACUGUCCUUCUUGGGCCUGAAGCCACACAACCCAGCUGAGAUCCUUCUGAACCAGACAGGCUCGGAGAGUGAGGGAGAGGAAGAGCCUCGGAGCUACGUAGAGUCUGUUGCCCGCUCAGCAGCAGUGGCUGGAGGGCAGCCAUCCUCACCCGUGUCUCCCAUGUUUGACAGCAGCAGCUUGGCCAGAGGAGCUGCCCCGUCUCACUCCUUCAACACUCCACUGUCUUCCAGCAGCCCUGUGCAAAGCCCAGAACUAGAGCAUCCAGUGGCUGAUAAUGGAGUGGGCCUGAGCACCCCUUCCUAUGGAGCAGUGGACUCUGGGUUCCGUCUGCCGCCCUCACAGACCACAUCCCACACCACAACGCCCUUUUACUACACCACCCCUGGUACCCUGACAGGCAGCUAUAUCAGUCCUGAUCUCAGCCCCUCCUCUCCAGAGCCUGUUCAUGUUAAUGCCAUAGGUGUUAAACCUGCCCUGAGCAGUCCUGACACACAGCACCGAACCUUAUCCACCAACACCUCAUCCAGUCCCAUCCUCCAGAACAGACUGGCCAAUCAGGACAGUCCAAUCCUGGACCGGCAGCCAUCUCUGCCCAACAGCCUGGAUCGACAGCCAUCACCGCCCAACGGCUAUCAGCCUGGAGUGUCCAGCAGUCCCCUACUAAGUAGACAUGGUAUGGUUUCCCAGGCAACACAAAGUAGCCCGAUGCUGAGUAGACAGAUGCCCAUUAGUCAGGGGCCACAGAGCAGCCCCACCUUAGGCAGGCAAGCUCACCAAAACAGCGCACCAAUGGGGUAUCAGCCGUCCCUCGUCCAGUCCAUUGUCCAACCCAACCAAAGCAGCCCUGUGUUGAGCAGACAACCAUCUUCAUCCCAGCCUGCACAGAGCAGCCCCGUCCUGAGCAGACAGACCUCUCUCACUCACCCCGGCCAGGGCAGCCCCGUCCUGGGCCGCCAUCCCUCUAUGUCUCAGGUGAGCCAUGGCAGCCCAAGCCUAGACCGGCAUCCCAUGCACAGCGGCUACACCACCCCAGAUGAGCGUCACGGGGCACUGUCCCGCCAAAGCAGCAGCUCAGGGUAUCACCCUCCCUCCACACCAUCCUUCCCUGUGUCGCCUGCGGGAUAUCCUGACGGCCUGGGCUUCAUACAAGGCAGUCCAGGCCUGCAGCCUCAGCUGCCCGAGAAAAGACGUAUGUCCAGUGGGGAGCGGCCCAACGGUGGCCUGUCUUACAACACUCUCAAUGGGAAAGUAUCCUCACCCAUGUCAAGCGGAGGGAGUACUCCGAGUGUCCAUUUCUUCCAUACGCUUCCUGAUUUCUCGAAACUUAACAUGUAUGAUGGAAGCCCAGAGACCAGAAUGAAUGUAAAGUUUGUCCAAGACACUUCCAAGUUCUGGUAUAAACCAGACAUCUCUAGAGAGCAAGCUAUCAACAUUCUGAAGGAGAUGGAGCCAGGAGCCUUCAUCAUUCGGGACAGUCACUCAUUCAGGGGUGCCUAUGGCCUGGCUAUGAAGGUGGCCUCUCCGCCGCCCACAGUGCAGCAGAAUACCAAGAAAGGUGAUGUUACCAACGAGCUGGUUCGCCACUUCCUGAUUGAGACAAGUCCAAAGGGGGUCAAGCUGAAGGGCUGUCCUAACGAGCCCUACUUCGGUUGCCUUUCUGCAUUAGUGUACCAGCACUCCAUUACUCCAUUGGCUCUGCCUUGCAAACUGGUCAUACCCACAAAAGAUCCCCAUGAAGAGAUCCCAGAGGUGGCCACGCCAGUCAACCCAGCCACAGAACUGCUCAAACAGGGUGCAGGCCAGAAGAGCCCUGUUGAUUCUCAUGCAUGCAACGUGUUGUACGUAAACUCAGUGGAUAUGGAAUCUCUGACCGGCCCGCAGGCCAUUGCCAAGGCGAUCUCAGAAACCAUGGCAGCCAGUCCUACACCCACUGCCACUAUUGUUCACUUUAAGGUGUCAUCACAGGGCAUCACCUUAACCGACAACCAGAGGAAGCUUUUCUUCCGACGUCACUACCCUAUCAACACUGUCACAUUCUGUGAUAUUGACCCACAGGAGAGGAAGUGGAAUAAACCAGAAGGUGGCACUGCAAAGUUCUUUGGUUUUGUGGCCAGAAAACAGGGAAGCACAACAGAUAAUGUCAGUCACCUGUUUGCUGAGAUGGACCCUGACCAACCUGCCACUGCCAUCGUCAACUUCGUCUCCAAAGUGAUGAUUGGCUCCCAGAAGCGAUGAGCUACUCUGAGAAACUGCGCUUUUCCCCCCUUGGAGGACUGCUUUCCCUUCUUUUCUGUUCUGAUGCAUUCUGUAUUCUUUCGCUUGUGUGUGUUAAUAUUCGGCCUAGUGUUGGAGCGCUUGCACGCGCAUGUUCAGAUGGUCUAGAGAGUGGAGCUCAGAUGGGGACAGAGGAAGUGCAGUUAAGAGGAGGAGUGGUGUGGUGAGGAAGAGGAGAGAGGUGAUCUUCAUCUCUGUGCAGGGUUAACUUCAGAUAUGAGGGACUGGCAUCAGUGAGUGUGUUUUUUUAAUAAAAUAAAAA